AUGGCCAACAGUAUGCACGGUUCUCUGACUAGUGCCCAAUUAGAAGCCUAUUUAGCUGAUCGAGUGUUGUCGAGUGCGGCCUAUGAUGCCCAUCUAGAACGUAAAGUGAGCAUGGUGACUUCGGCAUUGAAGACGUACUUGAGGAGUUACGAAAGCAGUGGAGAUCAGUACGCUGUGUCCUUUCUGUGGCCUCAGGAAGGAAGGGAGGAUCUAUUUGGUCGUACUAAGAGGAGUUGCAUCAGUCUACUGGAUCGGUUGCCACAAUUAAUGGAGGCCACCUGGGGUGUAGCCACUCCCAAGGGCUUUGGUAACUGUUGUAAUAUAAGUGUGUUGAGAUCUGACCAUCUCCAUUACUGUUCGACUUGUGUACUGCAUUUACUGUCGGAGACCCCUGGCGAGUUGGUCCUCGAGGAAGUGUUGGACCGAGACGAUGCAGUAGAGGCUACUGCGAAGUUGCUGAAUCGUGUGUAUCAUCCGGUCAUCGCCCAAAGUGUGUUAAUUAUACGAGAGCAUUUGUCUGGAGUGGAAGGGACUGUCUCGUUAAUUCUGUGCCCUAAUGCUGGUGAGUUGCUCCUCACUGUUCAUGCGAAGGCUGCAUUACCUGUAUUACAGGCAUCGCAACUGCAGGCUGCACUGAGUACAUCGUCAACUCUAAGGCGAGUAGUUGUCGAUGUCAUCGCCACUGAUGGGACGCACAACAAGUGUGGAAAGAAUUCGCGAGAUGCGAAGAAGAUCAGUGAGGCAUCCGUUAUCGAAUACUUCACUCUCCCAUGUCUUCCAUCAAGCGUGUCCUUGAGGUUCAAGGAGUGCUAUGGUGGUCUCACCAAUCCUGUAGCCGAGGCGGCGAAGCUUAAUUGGAUGGUUCGGACCGCUAUGAAAGUUAUGUCUCGAAUCCCAGCCAGUGGUCGACGCCAGCUACUCGAAGUGCCCUCUGGAUUGGCCUUGUACACUAUCGCUGUUGGGAAGCUCUUUGACGAAUCUACAUGUGUGGUUGAUGGUCAUAAGGGUAAGGCUGCGGCAGCGUGGGGAAAAUUAAAACUUAAUUCGCUGGAGGGCAAGGCGAAAGUUGUUCGUGGAUGUCUUUCCAACCGAAUCAGUUCUCUUAAGGAACACAGUUAUGACAUGGUCGUUGUUGGCGUUGAGCUGAAUGGCAUGUCAGAUGAUGUUAGAGACUUUCUAACUAAUAUGAAUAGUGUUAUCUACGGCUGGAUAGUAGCACCGAUAAUUCUGUAUUUCGCUGGUCUCCUACCUAGAGUGGCUCGCUAUGUUUGUUGGAUUCAUUGGAUUCCUGUGGAUGUGGUUUAUCCUAAGUACAAGAUGGAGAAGAACUUAGAACGCGGAGGUGAUUGGCGUCCGUCGACCAAGAGGGAAGGGAAGUAUGUUGAUGUUGAUGGAUAUAAAACGCAUGUCUAUGAGAUAGAACCGGAUCUGGUCGAUUGUAAAGGAGCUGUGGUUUUGAUUGCUGGUGUUGGAAGUGAUGGAACUUUCUUCCCACGAGAUGAGAUACUCAAUAGAUUGCAGAAUGAAGGAUAUCAACUACUUCUGAUUGACCUAUGGGGUCGGGGGUUCUCUGAUUGUCCUCAGGGAGGGCGUUACGAUGCUUCGCGUUUCUCUAAGCAGAUUAUGGCGGUGGUUGAGAACUUGGUGCCUGCCGACCGUCCCGUGUAUCUGCUGGGAAUGUCGUUCGGUGGGUGUGUAGUGGUGCAUUGCGCAGCUACGAAUCCUGACCGGAUCAAUGGUGUGCUCACGAUUUGUCCUGCGGGCUGUGGCCUUGGAAAACUGCAGGAGUGGUUUAUUCCUAUUAUAAAACGAGUGAAGUCGCCGUACUGCGACAUCCUCGGCACUCUGGCUGAGGUCAUCAGUUAUGAGUUAUUCUUCGACCCUGAGAAGUACCCCAAGAUCCAUGAGAAUACCAUGAUCGACUGGAUGUACAAUCCAGCAUUCUUCCGAGCCUACACUCGCACUCUUAUAGAUUUCCCUCUCCGUGACGGACUUGUACGAUUCCUCCCGGAAGUGAAAUGCCCUGUACGUGUACUGUUGGCGGGUGAUGACGGAACUGUGAACACACCGAAGGUUGCGGAGUUCCUAGACACUCUGACGGGAUCUAUGAAGUUGUUGUCUUAUAAGAUCGUCCCCCCACCAGCCACACGAUAUGGUCCUCACCGCGCCUAAUGAGAUGACUGAUGAGUUACUUAAGUUGAUGGAGGGAAGCACUACUGUGAACAAGAGAGAUUGAAGCCAAUUGUA